AUUUACUACUUCCGCUUGUCCAUGACUUCAAACUUCUCCGCGGCGAAACACAAACAACCAUGCGCGCAACUCGUGUACAGAAGAUAUAAUGCCGUUCGUUUCUUUUGUCACAUAAUGGAAUAUCAUUUUCCUUUCUGUUGGAAAAACUGACCCAAGCAUGGAGCUAGGUAAAGCCAAGCUUCUGAGAACAGGGUUGAACACCCUUCACCAAGCCAUUCAUCCGGUGCAUGGAAUAGCCUGGACGGAUGGUAAACAGGUCUGUCUCACAACGUUGUAUUCUGUUGAAGGUGAGCCCAAGUUUGGCGACACAAAUGUCAUCGGACAGUUUGAACACGUUUUGGGACUCUUCUGGGGUCCUCUGUGCUGCUCUGGUUCCCCGGCCUUGCUUGCCGUACAGCAUAAAAAGCACAUUACGGUGUGGCAACUUCAGCUAAGUACCUCGGAACAGAACAAGCUACUGUGCACGCAGACCUGCGAGAUGAGCGAGCCAUUCCCGUUGUUGUCUCAGGGAUGUGUCUGGCAUCCAAAAAUGGACAUCUUGGCUGUUUUGACCAAGCAAGACGCCUCUGUUCUGUUUUCGGUGCGAGUUGAUAAUCGUCGGGUGAAGGCUGACAUCAAGGGUGGCGGUUUGAUACACUGUGCUUGUUGGACUAAAGAUGGAACCCGAUUAGUCGUUGCCAUCGGCGGUGCGCUGCACUCGUACAUUUGGAAUGAUAUUCAAAAAAGCUUGGUGGCUUGUUCCUUCUGCCCCAUUUUUGACAUAGGGGGAAAUAUCUGUGCCAUCGAGUCCACCGACGAGGCGCAAGUUGCCGUAGCGACAGAACUGCCCCUUGAUAAAAUCUGCGGACUCAAUGCAGGCAUCGCCUUUGACUUGCCAAACGACUCUGAUUCGCCAUCAUCUCGGCCAGCUUCCGUUCUCGCGGUGGAUGCUGACUGUUAUUUAGACUCAAGAAGGAAAUCAUGCGAUUCGGAUCGUUCCGGACGCGCCUCAUUUUCCGGACCCAUAGAUCUAACACACAUUCUCUCCAAACACCGGAAAUCGGACCCAAGCCCCCUCAUUCACCUGAGGCGGCGAGAUCAUUUGACCGGAUCGGGCCAGGACUCAUCCCAUCUGAUUUUGGUGACGUACGAACGCAAGGUCACCACCACAAGGAAAGUCAGCAUCCCUGGGAUCUUGGUUCCUGACAUCAUCGCCUUUGAUCCCGGCGCAAACACCGUUGCAGUAGCAUCAAACACUUGCAAUAUGAUUCUGGUUUAUUGCAUCACGGAUUCCUCCAUGCCCAACGUCCAACAGAUUCAACUGCAAAAUAAUGAGAGGCCCAAAGGGGUGUGCUUCUACACCAGCAAGAUGUUGCUGUUUAUGAUUGGCCGGCAGAAGUCCAACGAUCCUGCCUUCCUUCCCUCCUCCAACACGGACAAGUACAUCUUGAAGCUGAUAGUUAAAGAGUUGGUAUUCGACGAGGACUCCACCACCCCGGUUGUUCUGACACCAGAGUCACCUAGCCAACAUCAUGGGAUUAGACGUCAUUCUGAGAACAUCUCCAAAGAUGAACGUUUACCAAUUAGAGACCUAAUUCUUCCAGGUGGCUCUGCAAUUGUUUCACCAAUCAGCAGAAGGAAACUCAUCGAGGAGGUUCGCAGCCCAGAGCUGAGUCCUGUGGUGAGCUCGGCUGACUUUUCGGACAGAACUACGUCUAGCGCUUCCUCGAUCACUGUGGAAAGUUACGACAUGGAUCACGUCAGGCGCAUGACAGCGUUAGCGAUAGCCGGCCAAGCCAGCCGCGAUUCCAGUGGACCAGGUUCUCCCAGAUACGAGGCCUCGGAGAAGUUGUUCUCCGAUGCCACAUCACAGAAGAACAGCUGUCAGUCCAAAGAGAAGAACCUGGAGCAGCUCACGCAAAACAUGGAGAGGAUCUUCGGUCGCUUCGCUGAGGUUCAGCAGUGCCUCUCGGAAAUCAGAGACUUCACGCAAAAUGGCAAGAAGUUGGCGUGCAGUUAUCCAUCUGGUUAUGAACCGCAGUAUGUGCACGUUACAUGUCAGAAACAGUUGUCAGAAAACGUUUAUACAGACGAGAGAAGGCCCGUCUUGUUGUGUGGAGGAAAGAUCUGUCUCCGGGUCCUCCAGGAGCUCUUCAGCCUGACGGUUGUGGAGAUGAUGCAUGGUCACAUGUGGCUCGUCUUGGUGUCUGAUGCGGAUGGUUUUGUUCCACUAAUAUUUAAACACAAGGACGAGCUUACCAUUAGAAAUGCAAAGAGGACAUCCCCUAUAGGACCACCCAGUGAUGAUUUACCCCCCGAAAGUCCACAAUCUCCCAGUUCAGAAACAAGACAAUAAUAUAUUAUCUCAUCUGAACUUAACUUGAUAUUGGUGACUGACGCCAAGAAAAAUGUCGUGUUGACAUAUUUUAAACUUUGCUCUUUACUGGAUGUUGGUACCUUUGUAUAUGGAAAGCAAGGGCAGUAAUAGAUUAUUUUUUCAGAAAAAAUAUUUGAGUGCCUGCGUGAUUAUUCUGCUCAGACCUGUCUUGUAUUUUACACUAUAAAAUGUGACCAUGGACCACAAAACCAGUGAUAAGUAGCUAGGGCUACCUAUCAUGAUACAUUUUCCCCUGAUAGUGUAUUGAUAUUUUAAAAAAACACAUCAAAUCCCUCUGUGUGCUUCAAACGACCUCCUCCCCCCUGCUGUAGUUGUCACUGUCCAGUUGUCUGUCAUAUACGGCCAUUCGGCCAAUGUCUCAGAAGUUAGCGGGAGUGAGAAAAUGACAGAAAUUUUAAAAACACUGACGUGUGGAAGCACUUUGGCUUAGAAUUUUUUUUUUUAUUCAGCUCUAUUUUUUUUACAUUUUUGAUAAAAAAAAAGAAAAAGUAUUGCAAUGUAUCGUAGCAUGCAAUGUAUUGUAUCAUAUCGUGAUGCACCGUAUCAUGGCACAUGUAUCGUGAUAUGUAUCGUACCGUGAGGCCUUUGCCAAUACCCAGCCCUAUAAGUAGCACAGGUAUGUUUGUAGGAAUUGCCAAAAAUACAUUGUUUGGGUCACAAUUAUUGAUUGUUUUAUGCCAUAAGUUUCAGUUUAUUUAUUUAGAUGGGACAACAAUGCAUAUUAAAGAACGUACAAUCGAAGUUGACGUAAAUACGCCGGAUUUAGCUAAUUUCCAUCCGUAGUCCCAGACAUGCAUAUCAAUUAAUAAACCUAUAACGCUAAAAAACAUUAAAAGUAAACUAUAUAAAAUACUUAUAGUAAUACUUUUUUAAGUUACAUAAAUGUUUGUACAUAGACAUCCUAUGCCUGUUAUAUAUAUAAAAAAAAAUUAACUACCUAUCUGUCUACCAAUCAAACUAAAGAUCAUAUUAAUAUAUUAAAAAAAUUAUUAUGAACAAUAUGUGUUGCUAAGAACUUCUUUAAAGGACAACUUUAAAGACGAUUUUCCUCGAUAUUUAGAUUUUAUAUAUAUUUUAGUUUUAAGGUUUUAUAAAGUACAAAAGACGACUUAAAAAACCUGGGCUACCUCAUUCAGUAGGCAAUAUGUAUACAAAACAUUUAAAUAAAUAUUCGCCAUUUUGUAGACACAUUUCAAGGUGAGAUUUGCAAGAAAAGUCAUGAUUAAAUUUCCAAAAAAUUUGAGAUGGGUUCCCAUAAAUAUUUAGAUUUUUUUUUGCAUCCCCAGAUUUUCAAAUCGUUGUAUCUCAGCCAAAAAUUGUCCUAUCCCCAAACCAUACAUCCAAUAAAAAGCUUAUUUAUUAAAUACAUAAAUAAAUGAAAAAACUUGGUUUUGUGGUCCAGUGUCACAAAUGAUGAUACAAGAAAAUAUUUAUAGUGAUGUAUACAUUUACUUCUCAUUAUUAACAUGAUUUAUAAUCAGGUUUGGCUUCCAUGUUAACCACUCUUACAAAACUGUAAAAAUCAAUGAUUUUUACCAGAAAACUUUCAUAUCUUCCUUUAAGCAAUUGCAUUUUGCAUUUUCAAGUGCUUUAUAAAGAAAUGUAAACACUGA